AACACACGAGUUUUUUUUUAUUUUAAAAUAAAAAAUUGUGGAAUUUAUUUGAUGAUUAAUGUUUUAUUGAGAAAAAAUUAUUUUAUCUGAAAUCAUUUUAUUGGUCUUAACAAAAACAAAUCAAUCCAAGCAAUGUUGCGUUAAUUAUGGAAUUAGUCUGAUAAUAAUUAUUAAAACUAACAAAUUCUAAUAAUUUUAAUUAAAAAUUUAUAAAUUUUAAUGAAAUAAAACCAUUGGAUAUUCACGUGGGUAUGGUUGGGCAAAUAAAAAACGAGAUAGCUGCUAACAGGUCGGACGGAUCUACAAACGGAAGGGUUAAUAAGCCUUGCUGGAUAGAGGAGACAUUUCAAAAGCGGGAAUGCGUCAAAUUUCAACGAGACCGUGUGGACAAAACCAGAUGCAUGUGUGGGCGUUCGGAAGCUUUCCACCUGGAUAAGAGGGAUAAAUUUUCAAGAGGCAACCCUCAGUAUUCCGAUCAGUGGUGGGAUGUAACAACCCACACCGAAUCAUCACCAACAGAUGCUUACGGGGUUGUUGAAUUUCAGGGUGGUUCUUACACAACCAAAGCUCAGUACAUCCGUCUGUCUUCUGACUCAAGACCCGAGCAAAUUCUUCAACUGCUGAGCACACAGUGGGGCCUUCACCUUCCAAGAGUUUUGAUUUCAAUACAUGGGAAUUCUGCAAAUUCCUCUUUCUGUCUACAGCCACAAUUUCAAAAAUUUGAUAACGAGGAACAUUUUUGGACCGGAAACGGCAGGUCAUCAGGAGCGUGGAUCAUUUCCGGUCUCGCUAAGGUGGAUGGAGAUACCGGGGACGAUUCUCCAAUUGAGCACCGUCCCAACGUCGUCUCAAUUUGCAUUGCGCCAUGGGGCCUGGUGCAUAAAAGGGAGGAUCUUAUUGGGAGGAAUAUAAACGUUCCUUACUUUGCUCAACCAGGCAGCGACAACGCCGCCCUAACCAAGCACCAUUCUUACUUUUUGUUGGUUGACGAUGGAACCGAAGGAAAAUUUGGAUGUGAAAUGAUUCUCAGGAAAAAAUUUGAAAAUUAUAUUUCCCAGUUGAGAACGAAUAACCACAAAAGCACAAAAGACAAUUGUAUUCCAGUGGUAUGUUUGUUGAUGGAAGGAAAUAUUUGUUUUGUUCGGAAAGUACUCGAAUGUGUUACCGACAAACCACCCAUCCCUGCUGUCCUGGCGGUCGAUGGCCGUGGCGGGGCUGCUGAUCUGCUCUCCUUUGCUUGUGAGCAAGUGAAUUUUGACGGAACAAUGCCAGAAAUCUCGAAAAGAAAACUCCUGUCUUUAAUAGCUCACAAUUUCAAUUACGAACAAAGCGAAACAAUCUUUUCAGAAUUGUUGCUCUGCGCCAUGCGUAAAAAUUUUAUAACAUUUUUCAAAUUGGACGAAGAAAAACAAGAUAUUGGCCGGGCAAUUUUAUAUGCAUUAAUAAAAAGUAGAAAACAAAAUCCUUUUUAUCAUUUGAACUUAAUAAUGACUUGGGACAGAAUAGAUGUAGCCAGGAAUUAUUUGUUCAACGGUGGAGUCAAUUGGCCGGAUGGAUCGUUGGAUAACGUGUUGAUGGAUGCCUUAAUUGAUGAAAAAGUUGAAUUCGUGCAACUGUUUAUCGAAAAAGGGAUCAACAUGCAAACGUGGCUGACAGUACAAAAAUUAGAAGAUCUGUAUAAUCAGGUGCUGAACGCGCCGAGGCCAGUCCUAGCAAAGUAUGUGCACAAAUCGAGCAAUAAUGAGAAACUCGAUGCGUCCAGCACACUGAAACAUUUGUUGGCGGAAUUAAGAGGGAAUACUCCCGGCAACAGAACGACGUUAUACGAGAUAGGUCAAGUUGUAAAUAAGCUGAUGGGCGGUUGUUUCCAAUCCACUUACAGCAGACGAAAAUUUCUAGUACUACAUAGCGCCGCAAAGUCCAAGAGUAGGAAAGUUUCUACCGCUUCAAGAAUUUCAACAAUUUCUGGCACUUCAGCGAGCGAUGAUGAAUACAAGCAGCUCCUAUCAGACACAUUUCGAUAUCCAUACAGCGAGUUGAUCGUCUGGGCUGUCUUGCUGAGAAGAAAUGACGUGGCUAUGUUUAUGUGGCAGAGAGGGGAAGAACCUCUGGCUAAGUGUUUGGUUGCGGCCAAACUCUACAAGAGCAUGGCGAGAGAGGCAGAGAAAGACGAAUAUGAAGUAGAUACUGCUUUGGAAAUCAGAAAAUACCACAAUAAAUUUUCUGAGCUUGCCACUAAAUUGUUGGAUCAGUGCUUCAGAACAAAUUGGAAACUGUCACAACUGCUCCUGACUUACGAACUGCUUAAUUGGAACAACCAAACCUGCCUCAGUCUUGCCGUUUCUGGUAGAAACAGAUUCUUUUUAGCUCACACAUGCUGCCAACUCUUGUUGACUGAAAUGUGGAAGGGAGGUUUGAGAAUCAGGAAGUAUUCCAGCCUGAAAGUGCUAUUUGGCAUUCUUUGCUUUCCAUCCAUUUUAUUUUUCAAGUACCGGAGCCAGGAAGAGUUACAAUUGAUGCCUCAACAGCAGGAUGUUCACGCUGAUGACAGCGAUGGCGAAACAUCAAGUUCCGAUUCAGAAUCUAUAGAGAAUGAAAAUUUUAUGAUAUUGCAAACCUUGCGACAGCAGCAACAACAACUGCAUCAGUUUUCUAACGUCGUUAUCGACUCGAGCAGCAUACUUGAACAGCAGAGACCAACGAUUUCCACAGUGGCCAUCGCCGCAUUAGCCACUGCAGGAGCUACAAACAGCUUAACGAAUCAUGCCGCAACUAACGAAGCAUCUCAAAUAAUUUCGCCAUUCCAGCGCCAAAUCUACCGAAAACGAAGAUUUUCGAAACCUUUCAGGCAUCCAGCAAAAAAUUCUAAUUUACGUCGAGGUUCAAAACAUAGUUUAGGCAAGACCGCUUCUCCUGAAGAAAUCAUUGGUAGACUAAAUGAACAUCAUAAACAAAGCCAACUUCAUGCUAAAAGUAAAAUUCUCAAGUUUUACACGGCUCCUAUCACUAAAUUUUGGAUGCACCUUAUAGCUCACCUCAUCUUUCUUCUUCUUUACACUUACAUGAUCCUCCAAACCACGCCAGCCGACCCGAGCACCAUUGAAUGGUUUGUCGUCGCGUACAUGUGUGGUCUUGGUGUGGAAAAAAUUAGAGAGCUCAUGACAUGUGAAGUUGCCAGGAUCGGACAUAAAAUACUAUCCUUUCUGUCCGACGUUUGGAGCAUCAUUGAUAUUUUAUCGGUUGGCUUAUUUUUCAUCGGCUUUGCAAUCCGUUUCACUCCAGCCCUGGUUAGCAGUGCCAGAGCAUUUUAUUGUUUAACCGUCAUGUUGAGCAUCAUCAAGUUAAUCGAGUUUUUCGUCAUCAGUCCCAGACUCGGACCGUUUGGACCAAUGAUCAGUCAAAUGUUGAAAGAGUCCAUAAGCAUUGUUGCAUUUGUUUUUGUUUUAAUUUGGAGUUUUGGAACUUUUCGAGAAAGUCUUUGGUUUCCUGAUCACGAUUUUGAAUGGACGUCAGUGAGAGAAGUGUUUUUGAAACCGUACAUCAUGCUCUUUGGCGAAGUUUAUAAAGAAUUCAUUUGGCCUGACUGUGUGGCCAACGUGACGUCACCUGAUGACUUCAAAUGUGUUCCUGGCCGGUGGUUGGUGCCUGCCAUCUUCUCCAUGUUCAUGGCGAUCGGUUACGUCGUCUUGUUCAACGUUCUCAUUGCUUUGUUCAAUCGGAUUUACAUGCAAUGCCAAGAACAUUUCGACAUUGUUUGGAAGUUUCAACGAUACGAGCUGGUGAUCAAACACGUCAGCAAACCAAUCCUGCCUCCUCCAUUCAUCAUCAUCAGUCACUUCAUCUCGCUGCUGCUGUUCAUUAGGCAAAGAUGCUCAAAAAAGUGGAAUCGAUGCGACCGAGGAUUAAAAAUAUUUUUGCAUGAAAACGAUCUUGAGAAAUUGCAUUGUUUUGAAAAAGAAUGCUUGGAAGACUAUCAAGAGGCAAAAAUGACCUCACCCUUUCGAACGGUGGUUUGCUUGUCAGACGUUUAACGCACUUUGAAAAUGUUAAUUGAACUGAGUGUAGAAAAUAAAAAUUUUUAAUCGCUUU